AUGACUAUGGCAAUUUUUGAAAACUGGCUACGGGAGGAAGAUGCAAGAUUUACGAGGCAAGGCAGGAAGGUUCUCUUGAUCGUGGAUAAUUGUCCUGCCCAUGGUCAGGUUGAUGGACUCAAGUCCAUUAGUCUCGAGUUCUUGCCAGCCAAUGUAACUGCAGUGAUCCAGCCAAUGGAUCAAGGGGUAAUACAAAACAUAAAAGUUCAUUACCGCAGACAGCUGCUCCACCGAAUGCUGCUUUGUGCAGACACUGGCAAGAGCUACAAUGUAGAUUUGUUGGCUGCCAUUCACAUUUUGGCCCACGCCUGGGAGCAAGUACAGGCAACAACCAUACAGAGGUGCUUCCACCAUGCGGGCUUUCAAGCUCAAGAACCAUUACCUGAUGAAGAGGAAAGCCUGGCUGAUGCUGACGCUGAUGCAGUAUUUAAUCAGGCUGUGCCCUCUGCCCCCUUCACACGACAGGACUAUGAGACUAUUGAUGAAAGUGUUCAAACCUGUCGCGAGGAGACGCUUGAGGAACUGAUUGCCGAAGUGCAAGCUGACGAUCAACCUUCCUCCAGCGAUGAAUGUGAUGAUGUCAUUCCCAGUGCAGUGGUGCCACCGGACAGUGCAGCUAAGGAGGCUGUUGAACUUUUGCAGCGCUAUUUUGAGCAUGAGGGUUGUCCUGAAUUUCUCUCUAGCUUGUCAGGCAUGGGUGCUUACUUUGUGAAGAAGCAGCUCAAGCAUGCCAAGCAAACCACACUUCACUCCUUUUUCUCUCCUACUCAUCCCGAUAAGUAAGCUAGGGUUGGUGCAAACGAAAUAAAGUUUUUGGUUCAUGAAAUAUGUGUACCUUGCUUAAAUGAAACUUCUGAUAAAUGGAACAGUUUUGUGGAUCCCCUUCGAGUUCCGUUUAAGGGGAGUCCACUGU